UUACUUGUUAAUUUGUUUUAACUCUCAUUUUUAUUUUUCAUCAAAUCGCAAUACACUAUUACAGUCACUUAAAUAAAAUCUAACGUAACUUAGUUUCCAUAUAUUUUUAUUAAUUGAUACCUAUUUUUUAUCCUAGCAAUGUUAAUUUCUACUGUUUGAUCCCAAUAAAUUUCACUAUGGAUGUGCGCUGGCAAAUAUUUUUUGACAAAUUUCCAGAGACAGUAACUAGUGAACAGUUACCUGUUAAAUUACCUAGAUUUGACUUGGAUUUAUGUGAAUUAGCUGGAGCAGCAGCCGACUGGUGUCAUCAGUAUUUGAAGGACAGAAAAUGUCCUAGUGAUCUCAUUGUAUUUUUAACUCAAAAAAUUAUAAACAAUCUCAGAGUCCAGUGGGCAGCCGAACCGAAGUUAUUUGGAUACCGACCUGAAAAGGAGGAUUAUCAAGCAUUAUGGUUAAUGCAGCGAGUUAUUGGAGAAUUGAAUGAAGUUUGUUUAAACCAUGCUACUAUUAUUCCAUAUCACCAACCUAUAUCAACUCCAGUUUGGUGGUCAUCAUUUGUGUUAAAAAAUACCAGAAGACAAAUGGAAGAUUAUAUAUCAGUUGUUCCUUAUUUGCAUACAUUGUUUGAUGUUAAGGAUUAUGGUGAAGCUUCUUUUUAUGCGGUAUAUGAUGGACAUAAUGGUUUAGAUGUUGCUGUUUAUAGUUCAAUGUAUUUACAUCAAUUUUUAGUACAAUCAGUGCACUAUCCAACUAAUCCAGAACGCGCACUAUAUGAAGCAUUUUUUGCUACAGAUAAAGGCUUUACACAAAAAACAGAAAAAUAUAAUUUAGUAAGUGGCACAACUGCUGUUUGUGCAUUACAUAGACAUCAAGAGAAAAAACUUUAUGUAGCAUGGGUUGGUGAUUCAAUUGCUACAUUGUGGAAAAAUGGAAUUCCUUUAAGUUUGGUAAACAAACAUGUUCCAGAAAGAUGUGAUGAAGCUCAAAGAAUAGAGAAUGAAGGUGGAAUCAUAUCAAAAUGUCAAGGUAUUUGGCGUGUAGAUGGUCAGUUGGCAGUAUCUAGAGCUAUAGGUGAUGUUAAAUACAAACCACAUAUUACAUGUCAACCAGAGAUGAGAUCAUUAGUUUUAGAUGGAAAUGAAGAAUUUCUAGUACUGAGUAGUGACGGUUUUUGGGAGUAUGUUACAUCUGAAGAUGUAGCAGAAACUAUUUACAACGAAUUGCUUGAAACUGACGGUAACGUAUCCGAAGUUUGCAAUAAGCUUGUUUUCAAAUCUAAGGCGCAAGGAUCUAAGGAUAAUAUAUCAGUGAUAACGGUAUUUCUACAGGAUCCCAAGCAGUUAGUAGCCAAAAGAAGGGCUAUUAUAAUGGAAACAGCAAUGGAACCGAGAAACGCAACUGAAACGCUCACGUCAUACGGUCAAGAUACUAAUGAUUUUGGUCCUGAAACUGAUGUAGACACACCCGACGAGCCAAUCGGUUUGAUCAAACCUAAAGAAGAAGGAGAAGCCAACGUAAUUGACGAAAGUGGAGAAGAAUCCGAAGAAGACGGUGGUGGAUGGAACUACUACAAAAAACCAACUGAAGACACGGAAAUAAAGACGUACCAAGAGGACGUCAACAGCACGAGCAAUAAUUCUGACGCCGAGGACAUGGAUUACAAACUGAAUCCAGAUGCCCCAGAAUUUGUGCCAGUAUCUUCACCUCCAGCGUCUACGAUGAACCAUGCUCAACGUCUCCUUAACAUGGAUAAUGAUGAUUUUAUUUCAUCAUCACCACAAAAAUUUAAAGAUUUAGACAAUGUAGUUGUGCCUGAUGAGAAUGACUUCACCAAUGAAAUUAAAGUUCACGCAGCAGACUUGUCUAAGCUCAACAAUCCUUAUGAGCCCAAUGAUGAUUCUACCAUGCUGAACGGCAUUAAACCUUUAAAUGAUGAAGAAGUGACUAGUCAUGGUGCAACUAUUGAUAAUUUCAUUUUUCAAAAUGAACUUAUUACCAAUGGUAAUUCAGAUGAAUAUAAAAAUCCAUUCGUUUCAGAUGAUAAAAAUGAUUUAAACAAAGUUCAAGAUUUGUCUGAAUACCAGAAUGAUGAUGCUCAAAUUCAAAAUACAGAUCCAUUUGUAUCAGUAAUGGAAUCGUCCAAAAAUAAUGAAUUUAAUUUGACAAGUGAUGUUAAUGAAUCACAAAAUGAAUCUGAUCUUAAAUUAAAUAAUGAUUUUUCAAUGGUGAAACAUGAAGAGGAUGUGAAUUCACAAAAUAUUGAUGACACAAUCAAUACUACAAAUGCAACAGUUGGUUCAACUUUACAAUUUGAUGAUGAAUCUUUUAAACAUAGUGAUAAUUUUAAAAAUGACUUUUUGGAUAAUAGUCAAAUUGAUAAAUUUGCCCAGUACGAAGAUCGCAAAUUCAAUGACAGUGAAAGCACAACUGAUGCUGUUUUGGGUUCAGAACCUCAUACUCCAAUGCUUAUGGACAAUCAAUCAACUUUUGAGUCAGAAAAUGAUGAUGAUCAAUUUUCUGAAACAUUCAAACAACAAACACAGUUUAAUCAUUUUGAUGAAAAUAAUGACAAGGAAAAUCAUGAUCCUUUCUGUUUUGAUCAAACUGAAGAUCCUGCUGGAAUAAUACCUAAUGUUACUCAUGAAGUUGAUGAAAUGCAUCAUAAUAGUGACAAUGUUAUUAUACCUAAUGAAAGUAUAAAUGAACAUCAGGUAUCCGAAUCAUUAAAACAUGAACCUGUAGAUGAACCUUUAUGUAUAAGGGAGGAAGCUAAACCUUUCCAUUCUGUGUAUGAACAACAAUAUUUGCCGGAAUCUGAUUUCUCAGCUAGCAUUCAUGAAGCUUUAUUAAACGCAACUGAAAAUGAAUCAAGCAAUCAAGAGGUUGAUGAUAAUAUUGAUCAUUUUGAAUCACACAAUAUUGUUGAUAGUCAUGUAGAAGUAAAACAUGAAUACAUAGAAAAAGUUAAUGAAGAUUUAGAAAAACAAAAUCCAGAAUCUAAUGUUCCAAUUCAUACAGAUGAUAGUAAGUAUGAAGUAGAAGAUCUUGAAGAACAAUUUCAACCUGGAAAUACAUUCAAUUUUGAAUAUGAAAAUAACAGUGUAAAUUCUGUACAAACUGAAAAUUUAGAGCCAAAACAUAAUUAUGUAAAUGAUGAGCCCGAGCUUGUUAAAGAUGACAAACAUGAAGAUCAUGGCAUCCAAAACCUCGACGAUGAUUUUGAAAUUAUAAAUAAUACUGAAAAUGUUGAACAUAAUGAUGUUGCUAAAAUAAUGCAAGAAAACAUAGAAGUUCCAAAAGAAGAUCAAUAUGAUGUUUCAACUAUUCAAGAUUCUGCAGAAAGUUUUGAACAAAACUAUGAUAAUAAUGUUACUGAUGUAAUUACUAAUAAUACAGAACACUCUAAACAAGAAGAGAAAUUCAUUGUUGAAGCUAUUAAAAACUGUGAAGAAAAUAUCGACAAAACUGGACAGAUUCAAUCAGAAGAUUUUGAGCAAAAAUAUUUUAAUAAUGUUUCUGAAAUACAACUUAAUCAAAUUGACAAUUUAAAACAAGACCUACAUAAUGAAGAAGUUGAAAAUAAUCAUAUUGAAGAUUUUAAGCAAGACUUACAUAAUGAAGAAUUCAAAAAUAAUCAUAUUGAAGGUUUUAAACAAGACUUACAUAAUGUAGAAGUUGAAAAUAAUCAUAUUGAAGAUUUUAAACAAUACCAAGGUGUUUCAGAAGUUGAAAAUCAUGUUGAAGAUUUCAAACAAGAACAAGAAAUUGCUGAUGAAUUUGUAAAGAAGCACAGUGAAGAUUUACAACAAGAAAAUGAAUCCAUUCAAAAUCAUACAACAGAUAGUGAUGAAGAAAUGCAAUCAUCGAUGAUAAUUCAUUCUGAUGUGGAAAACAAUAUGCCACAACCAUACUGUUCGGCAUCUGAUACGUUAAUAAAUGAAUCCAAUAUGAUGUGUACUAGCAUGACAUUUGAAGAGAAUUUCCAGAACAGAAACAUGAGUGAUUCAUUGUACGUAAUGGAAACAAGUGCAGAUUAUUUUGAUGAGGAUGUUCAAUCAACCACACAACUUGACAAACCUAUUGAUAAGCCUGAAGUUGAAGAACAGUCAGAUAUUAAUAACAAACUCGAAGAUCAAGUACAAAAUAAAAAUGAUAUUGUAACUGAAUCAAACCACGAAAUAGUAAAUGAACCUAAAAUAGAAAUCAACCCAGAAUCAACUGAAAAGAUUCCAACUUCCCAGGAUUGUGUAGAAAAUGAUAUCCAAGAUAAAAGUAACAAGGUUGCCGAAAUUGCAGUUGCGGCAGCUGUUGGUACUGCUGCUAUUGCAGCUGUCACUGGUGCCAGCUUAGCUUCUAAGAAAUCUGCCCCUAAAAAGAUAGAAACAACUUUAUCUAAAACUAAAACAACAACAACAAAAACUGCUCCAACUAAACCAUUAGCCUCAAAACCAUUAGCCUCUACUCUUAAAAAAACUACUUCAUCUACAACAACAUCAAAACCAUUAUCAAGACCAACCACUGCUACUUCUUCUAAGCCAACAACUAAUGUUCGACCAACCACUGCUCCAAAAUCUACGUCUUUAAAAGCAACAACUGUCACUAAAGCUUCUCCAAAACCAGCUCCUAAAACCACAAUUCCUGCCUCCCGGCCAAUAUCAGCCAAAACAACACCCACUACACCACGAACAACUAUAACUAAAACAACACCAAUAUCAUCACCCAAAACACCUACAACUCCAAAAACAACUGCAGCAGCUACAAAGUCAACAACUACAACGCCAAAAACAAAUGCCACACCACGGACGUCUUUGGCUAACAAACAACCACUUACUAAUGGUUCACCUAAACCUUUAAGUCGUCCAACGUCUGCUCCAAUAAAGAAACCAUUAACUAGCGUGACAACAAAUGGUACCACAAAAUUAACUAAUGGCGACAUAUCAAAAACAUCUACUACAACAAAGCCACCAGUCACUUUAGCAUCAAGAAUGAGUUUAGCGCCUCCAAAGUUGCCUCCAAAAGUAAAGGUUGCACCUAAAACUGUAGCACCACCAGCGAUGCCAGGGCCAAUCAGAAGACCCAAAGCUCCCAUCACAAAAAAGACUGAGACGGCCACUUCCUAAAUUUGAUGUAUUAUCAUGUUUAAAAAAAAA